UUUUUAUUACAUUUAUAAGUAUAUAAUGUGUAUAGUAUAUAUUCAAUUUAGUUGUUAGUUUGAAAUAUAAUAAUACAAUUACAAUUUGUUUAAAAUAAUGAAUUUGAUCAUCACUUUAACCACAUUUUUGUUAUUAUUCUUAUAUGAAUCCCGUGGAUUAGAUGAACAAUCAGAAUGCUCUAUUUGUUUUAAUGAAUUUAAGGGCCUUGUUUUGAUAACUGAAUGCAAACACGUAUUUUGUUAUGGUUGUCUUAAAAAUUGGAGAAAAAUAAAUUCAAGUUGUCCUAAAUGCCGAGAUAAAAUAUAUGAUAGCAUUUGAAAUAGUCAUUAUUUAUAAGUACACAUUACCGGUUAGUGAGUCAGACAUUAUUGAUUUAUGGAAAAAGCCGAAGAUCAUUCCGGGUUUAACAAGAGAAGAUGAAUUGUUUUUAGUAAAAAAAUUAGUACGCAAGUUGUCACGUUAUGUAUUAAUGCAUAAGGAAAUGGUAGCCCGUUAUUUAUUUCUUAUACCAAAUCAUUAUGCAGACAAGCAGCUGUUAAUUGAUAUUGAAACUAUAGUUAAUGAUUAUAAUAACAUACUUCAGGGAUUUCGUCAUUGGAUAAAAAAAAUAAAAACACCUUACGAAGAAGAUUUACUAAGACGAAGUUCUUUUAAAAUGGAUUUAACUGAAAAAGAAAAAACAAUUUUAAGAGAAUAUUAUGUCCGACAUAAUCUCGAUCCCGAUGAACAAUUUGAUAUACGAAAAGAAUUUGUCAAGUCAAUAGACUUUGUUUAUGCACCUCGCAGUGGCCAGUAGGCUAGAGGAACACAAUCUUUUAAAGCUUAUACAAUUGUGCAAAUUUAUAAUAUUUCAGUUUAGAUUUCUAAUGAUUUUUCUUAAUAAUAUUUGUAUCUUGAAAUUUUUUAAGUAAAAAAUUUUCUACUAAAUAAA